AAAGAUCGAAUAUUUUCCGAUUUGCCAUUUCCCGGGUAGUAUUGCAUUCAAACAUUCAAUUUAAAAGAAACCCUUUAUUCUGUAUUUAAAUUUUGUUCAAGAUUCUUGAAUUUGUGCACUAAUAAGUAAAAAUUCUUCGGCAGGUCGAUUAUAUUUCAAACUUACGAAAAAACUUCAAAAUAGUGGAACAAAUAUUUAAUUAUCAUCAGAGGAAUGGACAGCAGCACAUCAACUUCAGACGAGAAAUACGAGAUGGGAUAUCAGCCUUCGCCUUCAUCGGUUGACCAAACGGACAAUUCAACGGCGAGUUAUUCGGUUAUGAGUGUCGAAUCUUUUGCUUACUACAGGUCCAAUUCCGGGGCAUCGGCUUUCUCGGAGCACACAGACGAUAAUAGCUGCUCCGAGAUAGCAUCUCCCAUUAGCUGGCAAGGACUUAAAUCUCCAACGCGUAUCGCGCUUUCGAGAUUAGGUAUGAGGCAGCUUAAUCACGGAAUGGAUGAAGAGGUUAUGGAUUUAGAGCUGGAAUUGAUGAAGGAGAGGUUUUCGAAGCUGUUACUAGGGCAAGACAUGUCUGGAGGUGGGAAAGGUGUCUCGUCUGCUGUCACAAUCUCGAAUGCCAUAACAAAUCUCUACGCUUCUAUAUUUGGUCAACACCAGAGAUUAGAGCCUCUGCAAUUUGACAAGAAAAUGAUGUGGAAGAGAGAAAUGAACUGCCUUUUAUCUGUAUGCGAUUACAUCGUCGAAUUUAGUCCAUCAUUACAGCAUCUAAAAGACGGGACUACUAUAGAGGUUAUGUCAAGUAGGCCAAGAUCAGAUAUUUACAUCAAUCUUCCCGCCUUACGAAAACUCGAUGCAAUUCUCCUGGAUAUAUUGGAGAGCUUUCAAGAGACGGAGUUUUGGUACGCGGAACAAGGGAGCAUAUCAGCAAAAUCGACUCGUUCAGGAUCGUUCAGAAAGAUUGUUCAGCCACAGCCUCAGCGCAAAGAGGAGAAAUGGUGGUUGCCGGUUCCUUGUCUCUCUCCCGAUGGACUGUCUGAAAAGUCGAAAAAACAUUUAAGACAAAAACGAGACCGUGCGAACCAAAUCCACAAGGCUGCAAUGGCUAUAAACAGUAGCAUUCUCGCUGAAAUGCAGAUUCCAGAAUCAUACAUGGCAUCACUUCCUAAGAGUGGAAAAGCGAGUGUGGGAGACACAAUCUACCGCCACAUGUAUAGCGCGGAAAAAUUCUCACCUGAUCAUCUGCUCGACUCUCUCAACUUAAGCUCUGAUCUUGAAGCGCUCGAGCUUGCGGAUAAGGUUGAAGCCUCGAUGUACACGUGGCGCCGUAAGAUGGGCAUGACGCAUUCGAAAUCCUCGUGGGACAUGGUUAAGGAUCUCAUGUCUGAUAUCGACAGGACCGACAAGAAUCAUAUACUUGCAGAAAGAGCAGAGACUCUCUUGUUCUGCUUGAAGCAAAGAUAUCCCGAACUUUCGCAAACUACAUUGGAUACAAGCAAAAUCCACUACAACAAGGAUGUAGGACAGGCAGUGCUGGAAAGCUAUUCCCGAGUAUUGGAAGGUUUGGCAUUUAACAUCGUUGCUUGGAUUGACGAUGUACUCUUUGUAGAUAAAACCCUGAAAAAUCAAGAAUAGGAAGUACGAGACGACGAAAAAAAUUGAAGUCGGCAUUCGUAACUAUUUAUCGAAUGGAUGGCCAACUUGAUCAAUGUAAUCUUCCAACUUUUGCCUUUUUGAAAGCCUCGUCACUUUUUUUUUGUACAAGAGACAGUAAUUGCUCGAAUUGCAUAUACACUAUCUGACAUUUUUUACUAAAUCUAUUCUUUGGAAAUCA